AACCUUGGCGGCCAGCGGGACAGACCUGCGGUGGAGCGAUUGACAGGCUGCAGGGCAGAGUUGGCUGUGCGCGUGGACGCUGCUGCGGCAACGCGGAGAGCGGGGACGCCGGGAUGUGGAGCGGCCCAUCCCAACCAGACGAGGGCCUCCCGACAGGCCUCUCAGCUGUCUCAGUCCCCUGGAAAAACCUUGGCCUCAGCAAAGGUCACAGGGAGUCCCCAGGAGGCCUGGUGGAAGCCUCUGCAUCCCGGAAGGAGGCCCAGGGUGAAGAACACUCAGCAGCUGUUCCGCUGGAUGUGUCACGCCUGCGCAGCUCCUCCAUGGAGAUCCGAGAGAAGGGCUCAGAGUUCCUGAAGGAGGAGCUGUACAAAGCCCAGAAGGAGCUGAAGCUGAAGGAUGAGGAGUGUGAACGGCUUUGCAAGGUGCGUGCACAGCUGGAGCAGGAGCUGGAGGAACUGACAGCCAGCCUGUUCGAGGAAGCUCACAAGAUGGUUCGGGAAGCUAACAUGAAACAGGCUGCAUCAGAAAAGCAGUUGAAGGAGGCUUGGGGCAAGAUUGAUAUGUUGCAGGCAGAGGUGACAGCCUUGAAGACACUGGUCAUCACAUCCACACCCGCCUCUCCCAACCGUGAGCUCCACCCACAGCUGCUGAGCCCCACCAAGGCUGGACCCCGAAAGGGCCAUUCACGCCAUAAGAGUACCAGCAGUUCCCUCUGCCCAGUUGUGUGCCCCACUGCAGGGCAUAUUCCUACCCCAGACAAAGAAGGCAAGGAGCCUGGGCUGCCCCCUCUACUCUCCCUGCUGCUGUGCGUGAUCCCCAGCAAGGCCAUCCACCUCACCUACGAGCCAACCUGGCAGCUCCCAUCUGGGGAGCCGCCCACAGCCCCCAACUCUGCUUCCUCUCUCUCCUUUUCCCGACAGGUAGAUACAACCCUGUUUUCAGAGUUCCAGGCUUGGAGGGCAUCACCGACCCUGGAUAAGGACUGCCCCUUCUUGGAAAGGGUAUACCGGGAGGAUGUGGGCCCCUGCCUCGACUUCACAGUGCAGGAGCUCUCAGCUAUGGUGCGGGCUGCUGUGGAGGACAACACACUCACCAUCGAGCCUGUGGCUUCACAGACUCUGCCAACUGCGAAGAUGCCCACCGUUGAAUGGAACACCACCAACACGUGUGCCCUGAGUGGACUGGCCUGUACCUGCCACCACCGAAUCCGCCUCGGGGACUCCAAGAGUCAUUAUUACAUCUCACCAUCAUCCCGGGCCAGGAUCACUGCAGUAUGCAACUUCUUCACCUACAUUCGCUACAUCCAGCAAGGCUUGGUUCGGCAGGAUGCUGAGCCGAUGUUCUGGGAGAUCAUGAGGCUUCGGAAGGGGAUGUCGCUAGCCAAGCUUGGCUUUUUCCCCCAGGAGGCCUAGGGCAUGGCCCCAGGCCUGAAUUAGGCUCUGAGCUAGAGCAAAUGGCUGCCUUGGGGCAGAUAGCAAGAAAUCCGGGAGCCUGCUUGAGCCAGAAGCUGAAAGGACAGAUAAACAGUCACGCUGUUGAGACAGAACUAAGUCCCACCCAUUCCUCCUGGGACAGACGGAAGUCAGCCUGCCCUGGACUUCAUGAGAUGAACCUCUUACCCACUGGGCUCUGUUGCCACCAAGAGAAUUUCCAAGAAAGCGCCAAAGACCAAGGAGCUCGGAGCCAUAUCGGGGAGAGGCUCAGCCCUAGGGAGGGUACCCUUGAGCAGCCAGUACCCCCUCUACAAUUUCCUGCUGCUUACGAAUGCUCUGUUGCUGUCUUCAGAAAGGGAUUGUUCUAGGGUGACUGGAUUUCCAGAGUAUGCUCCGUUACAGCCUCUAAGCCCUGGGUCACCAGCACCCCCUUGUGGCCAUCUCUUACCCUGUUCCCAGGUGACCUCAUUAGACUGCCCAAGUGUCUCCAAUCUAAACACGAUGGAGGGAUAACUGCCCCCGAGUGCUCUGAAAAUGAGUCCAAGCCCGCCCCCCGCCCCUCCAUUCCUCUGCAUAGAGGCCUCUCUUUCUCCUCCCUCCCUAAUUCAACCCUGUCUCCAGGAGGUCCUGGUCCUAAAAUUGCCAAAGGCCUGAGCCCUUUCUUCCCAAAGUGUGCCACCAGAGGAACCUCAGGAUGUAGUUGUGGGCAGGGGCCCUGAAUGUGGGACUGGAUGGAUUGUGCAAGCUACAUAGGAUCCAGACCCUGUUUUACCCAUCAUAGCCCCCUGGGAACUGGGCUUGGGGUAUCCAACCUGGACGUGUCCCUCACCACGCCCCAUUUCCUUCAAGUGGAAUGUAACACGAUCUCUAUUUAAUAAAGGAAGGCUUUGUUGGUAGGGGCUAGGCAGCGGUGGCCUUCACUCCUGCGCCCUGGGGCUCUGGCCAGGGCUUGGGCAUCUGAAGGAAUGAAAUCAAAUCCUUUCCUGACUGCCCUCGUGCUUGGGAUUAAACCCAAAUCCUGACGCCACCCCCACUGCUACCACCACUUACUUGCUGUUGGAAGACUGUUGGAGUUGUCCUUAGUGUUCCAGUUCUGAUCUGUGAAUCUCCUAGCCCUCAGAGAUGGCCCUCGGUCUAUUAGAAGCCCGUAGUCAAAGCAUCUAGGCUUCCCAGGGGCUUGGCAGGACAGUGCAAGAAUGAUUGGUGCUACCUGCCAUGGGGCAGAUAGGGACUUCAGAAGUGCUGGAUUGGCACUCUUAGAUGGGUCGUUAGCAAGGCAUGACAGACACAAGUGGAAAGAGGUGAGGGUCACCAGAAUCCCCAGGGACCUCCAAGUAGGUCUAAGGAGACGUCCUGUGGUUCCUGCCUCUGCCCCACCUGUAGGGCCCUUUGUGCUUUCUUUUAAGGAGGCACAACAGAUUCUGGGUGCGGUCAGAGGUUGUCAGUAGCCUACAGGAACUUCUCUAUUGGCCUGCAGCCCGGGUGCGGCUGAGAUGGUAGAUGAGCUGGGGGCUGGCCUGAGCUCUGUCAAGGUCCUCUGCCCUAACGGGUUCUCCGGCCAGUAGCCUGUUCCCAGGAUUCUCCUGCCUCCGCUGCACCCCUUGUUCUCCUGUCCCCUCCCUGCUCCAUUGUAACUCAUCCUUUCCUAUCUUCUCAGUCCCUGUAGACACCUGGUCACUAACCAGACCCCCGUCACAUCUACUCAUUCAUUUAACAACACAGGGGUGAUCUCUGUGCUGGACACUGGCGAUAAUAAACACAGCAGUAAUGCAUCCAGGUCCCCGGAUGGAGGAAAGUAAAGACGAAGAAGGGCGGGGAAGGACUUGGUGGACCAGAUGGCAUCCUCCGCGUCAACUCUGUGCACCUGGGGACAAGGGAGGAGGAAAACCUGAGCUCUGGACUUAAUCAGUCCCUCACCUCUGUGUUCCUGGCUCAGCCAUAUGCAGAAUCCCACCUCACAGGACCAAAGAGACACCAGGAGGCACUCCAGAGGCCUGUGGAAACCCCUACUUCACUGACUACUUGCAUUUCUGUUACAAAGCUUUGGCCAAGAUCAGGCCACAGGUGGGGCCAUCAACACAGCCACACCUUGGUAACAGCAAUGAAUAGCUUAGCACUAGUCAUAGCUCCCAGCCCUCUCUGAGCCCAUUGUUUCAGCCUCUUAGCAACCUUAAAACAUGCUCUUUUCCCUCACAGAAUGGACAGAGGCAUUGGGGAACACAAAGAGGUCUUAAGGUUGGGGUUUAUUUAACUCAGUGGUAGAGGCUUGCCGAGCAAGCAUGAGGCCCUGGGUUUAGGCCCCUGUUCCGGAAAAAAAUCAAAGAGGUCCUAACUCUCUGGGGCCCAUAGUAUUAGUGUUUUGUGUUUUAUACUAAACACUCAAAAUGUGCUACGUUCUUUGCCUCUGUAAUUGACACAGAAGGCUAGGGGUGUAGAUCAGCAGUAGAGUGCUCAAGGCCCAGGAUUUGAUCCUCAGCACCACACACACAACAAAAGAAGUGAGGGGCUGGAGAGAUGGCUCAGAGGUUAAGAGCAUUGCCUGCUCUUCCAAAGGUUCUGAGUUCAAUUCCCAGCAACCACAUGGU